GUUAUAAAUUACGGGCUGAGAGGCACAGCAACUCACCGGAGUCAUUUCGCUACAUUACAAGCUCAUUACUACCUCCAACGGCUACACUAACAGAUCCUAUAGUCAAACAAUCUUUGACUAUCAUUUUCUCUCUCCAUAUAACUAUUUUGUUUAGGUGUUAAGAUACACUCAGGGCGCACAAUGGCAGAAAAGAUCAACAUGGAGGGGAAGGCAUCCAACGGAGAGGCGCAUCAAGAUGAGCUGGUAGCCAACGGAUUCGGCCACAAUACGUGUUCCAAAGAGACAACAACGGAGAAAAUCAAGAGGUUAGUCAUGGCCAACUUUCUGGUGAUUCUCACCGUGGCCGGGGUGAUCAUCGGGGUGUUCAUCGGACUUGGCGUGCGCCACAUGGAGCUGAGCAGGACACAGAUCCUCUAUGUGGGUUUCCCUGGUGAACUGCUCAUCCGGCUGCUGAAAAUGAUCAUAAUCCCCUUGGUCGUGUGCAGUCUGGUGUCCGGGGCGGCCAGCAUCGACCCCAAAGCCCUGGGUAAGCUAGGCGGCUGGGCCAUGCUCUUCUUUUUGGUCACCACCUUAAUUGCGUCAGCAAUCGGGGUGAUCAUGGCGUUCAUCAUCUCCCCCGGAUCGAACACCGGCUCCAAGCCGAUUUUGUUGGAUGACGGCGAGCUGCCCCCGACCAAAGAAGUGGUGGACUCAUUCUUGGACCUGAUCAGAAACAUCUUCCCCUCCAACCUGGUGUCUGCUGCCUUUCAGUCUUACGCUACCAGCUACAAGUUUGUGACCAAGAAUGGCACUAAUGGCUUGCCCAACAUCACAGUUGAGAAGGUUCCCUUUGGCACAGACCAAGAUGGUAUGAACAUCCUAGGACUGGUGGUGUUUGCCAUAGUGUUUGGUGUAGCCCUGAGGAAGCUGGGAGAGGAGGGAGAGAUCCUCAUCAAGUUCUUCAACUCCUUCAAUGAGGCCACCAUGGUGCUGGUGUCCUGGAUCAUGUGGUAUGCCCCCCUUGGAAUCAUGUUCUUGGUAGCAGGGAAGAUCGUGGAGAUGGAGGACGUGGGAACGCUGUUUGCCAGCCUGGGCAAGUACAUCGCCUGCUGUAUCAUUGGCCACGCAGUCCAUGGCCUGCUGGUCCUGCCGGGCAUAUACUUUAUCAUCACCCGCAAGAACCCCUACACCUUCCUGUGGGGCAUCUUCACCGCUCUGGCCACCAGCUUUGGAACCAGCUCCAGCUCUGCCACCCUGCCCCUGAUGAUGAAGUGCGUGGAGGAGAACAACGGCGUGUCGAAGCACAUCAGUCGUUUCAUCCUGCCCAUCGGGGCCACGGUGAACAUGGACGGUGCAGCGCUCUUCCAGUGUGUGGCGGCCGUCUUCAUCGCUCAGCUCAACAGCAUCCCGCUCAACUUCAUCCAAGUCUUCACCAUCCUAGUGACAGCCACUGCGUCCAGUGUGGGAGCAGCAGGGAUCCCCGCUGGGGGCGUGCUGACGCUGGCCAUCAUCCUGGAGGCAGUGGGACUGCCCACCAACGACAUCUCCCUCAUCCUCGCCGUCGACUGGCUCGUUGACCGUACCUGCACCGUUCUGAACGUGGAGGGCGACGCCUUCGGAGCCGGGCUGCUGCAGUGGUACGUGGACCGCUCUGCCAAGCCCGAGGAGGGGCUAAACGAGGUGAAGAUGGAGGAUGACACGCCCGCCGUGCCUGAGCAGUCGCCCCUCAUCGGGGAGAAGGAGAGCAGGGGUGCGGGUGACGAGAAGGCGGCGGCUCGCGGCUCUGAGAAAGAGUCCAUCAUGUAGAUGGUUCACUGCCGUGUCAUCGAUGACCCUCCGUUUGACCCCUCAAUCUAGCCUCUCCAUACGUGACCCCCCCCCCAUGCAGAAAGGAGGGGAGAGGACCUUUUCUGACUUCCAUUCAUAGACUAUUCCUCUCCUUGUGUCUUCUCUUUCUAAGAGAUCCAGGUUGGGGGGAGGGGGAAGGAGAGUGUGAACAGAGGCUGUUCAGAUUUUAACGUGAACUUUUUUUUUUUUACAUUGAUUUUUAUAAGGACUCUAGUUUGGAAUCCUUUGCCUCCAAUUUUUAAAUGUUUUAUUUAUUUCUGCUUUGGUUCAGAAGAGCUGGCCUUGACUUCCUCUCUUUUUAAAUAUUUUUGUCAAAAUGUAUAACAGCAGGCAGACUUGAAAAGGUAAAUAUCUCCCUGUAUUCUAUAUCUAUUCCCAUGUACAGUAUGGUUUUUCUGUGUAUGAAGUAGCCAACACUAAUUAUCUCACUGCACUCUGUGAGAGUAGAUGAUGAAGAUUCCUAUGUUGUUACAUAAGACGCACCAAAUGAAGUUAAAUCCUCAGUGAUGUUCCACUGCUGGGAAAAAGGACCUUUCUGACACGAGCUCGCUGUAAAAUCACACACACUAAUGUGUCUCUGUUCAAAGCUUCUCAUCUUACUGUGUCAUUUCAAUUAGUCAGUCCGGGGCUCGUGUCUAUGCCAAGCACAAGAGGGCCCCCAUGUUCUUACAAUCUCCCGUUUUUGCACAGUCCAAACUUUUUUUACAAUGUUACAAGAAUGAGUGAGAGGUGUUGCCGUAGAGAGCCCCCUCUAGUAAUUGAAUAGGAUAUGUCAUAAUCUCUCUCAGUUCCAUAAUGGGACAAAAUGGCAGCCAUCUUGGUCAGGGAGAAAUUCAAAACCAGUCUAAUUGGAAUUAAUGGCAGUAGAGGCAUUUCCUGCUUUUUCUCAGGCAGGGGGGAAAAGUAAAGCAUGUGAUAUAUCAGAAAUGGUGCUAUAGAAAUGUCACCCUGAAUUAUUGACAUAUAUUAUACAGGUGUUUCUGUAUACAUAUCCUCUAAAAUAUAUGUAAAGAGACCAUAAAUGUCUCAGAUUUUGUUUUCUUGGAAAGUGCUAUUAUAUGAUAGAAUAUCAAUACUUGUUGCAUUUAUGGUCUUAUCAUCAACUGAUUUGAGCCAGUGUAUGGCUGUGGAUGAAUUAACUCUAUUGUUUAAAUGGAAUAUUCACUUUUUUUUCUUUUUUUUAUAGAAUCAUUCCUCAAACUGUCUGGCUAACGAGAUAGCUAAUACACACAUACAGUGCAGAUAAAUCAUUUAGUUGGCUGA